ACCAAGCAAGACAUACAAAUCUGUAACACAAGAUCGGAAAUGUUUUCCAAACUCCCAGCAACAACUGCAACUUUUCUUGUAUUCUUAAGCUUGCAUAUAAGUAAAGAUCAGAUGGCUAAUGCAACCUCUAUUCGUGACAGAUGCGAAUGUGUGAAUACCAUUGACUUUGUUCCCUAUAGAAAGAUAACUUUUUUCGCUAUAACUGAAAAAUCAUCAUUUUGCAAGAACACUGAAAUCAUACUUCAUCAGAGAAAUAACAAAGAGGUUUGCCUAAAUCCAGACUCUAAACAAGGCCAGGGUCUGCAGGAAUGUUGGAGAGUAAAAAAGGACCCUGCAAGAAUUAAAACAUGUAUUCGCCAGAAAAUCAGACAAGACAGAAAGGUUAAGAAGCAAUCCUAAUGUGGAGUCCAUGGACUGUUUUCAUUACAUGCUGCAUGCUGUCUGAGUAUAAUGUACAAGUGCAUUUAAAACUAUAUAAUAUAUCCCAUGCCUUCAUAUUUUUAUACUGCAUAACUAUAAUGGUCUUUAUUUUUAUUUCACAUUUUACACCUAUACCUAUAACACUAAUAAAUUGAUUGUAUUGUU